CUCAAUGAUAUAGCCAGCAUGGUUCAAUCCACGGGCCCGCUCGGAGCAUUCAUCAUUGGCACUAUGUCUUAUCCGUUUGUCUGGGGAAAAGUGAGCCUUGCUGGCGUCAAUCGUUCUGAAGUGUGGGUUGUGCAUGUCCAGUCGAGGUGCUGCUGUAUAGCCUCCAUCACCAAGUCCAAUCCACACCCAUCCAUCACCCACCACACAUCCACAGCAACCUACCACGAACCUCACCUCUUAGCUUCAAACCGCACACCCUAGCACAAUUGACUAGCAGGAUCUCAGCCACAAUCGAUGACCUGAAGAGGCAAUCCCGGUAGUCCGGACAGCAUCGUGGCCGGUAUGCUCUGAUGUACACCGUAGUCGCGAGCACUGACGCCUAGCCCAACACCGACACUGACACCAGCCCCGACAACCGGGGCUCUGUUGAUCAGACAUAAAUACUCUGGCAUGCGACAGCUUAUAGAUCAAGCAUCAAGCUCAACCUUUCAGCCAAGCACGUCUUCUUCCGACUUUUGGUUAUCAUCCCCAGUGACCCUGUAUCCAUCGCGAGAUAUCAAGAUGACCCGCCCCCUGAAUGUCGGCAUCAAAGCCAUCGAGAUCUACUUUCCCAACCGCUAUGUCCCCCAACCCGACCUGGAGAGAUACAUGCACGUCAGCGCCGGGAAACACACGAUCGGCCUGGGCCAAACGAACAUGAGCUUCUGCGAUGACCGCGAGGACAUCAACACCCUAGCCCUAACCACCGUCUCCGCCCUCCUCCACAAAAACACCAUCCCCGCAACCUCCAUCGGGUAUCUGGGCGUCGGCACCGAAUCGCUCCUCGACCGCUCCAAAUCCACCAAAACCGUGCUCAUGCAGCUCUUCGCCCCGGACAACCCGGACAUCGAGGGCGUGGACUCCUACAACGCCUGCUACGGCGGCACCGCCGCGCUGCUGGCGGCCGUCGCGUGGAUCGAGUCCGCCGCGUGGGACGGGCGCGACGCCGUCGUCGUCUGCGGGGACAUCGCUGCGUACGCGCGGGAGGAUGCUGCCGCACGGCCCACGGGCGGCGUGGGGUGUGUUGCAAUGCUGGUGGGCGCGGACGCGCCGGUGGUGCUGGAGACGGGGGUCCCGCGGGCGUCGUAUAUGCGGCAUGCGUGGGAUUUCUUCAAGGCGGAUUUCGGGCGGGAGGCGGCGGUUGUGGAUGGGAGGCUGUCGGAGAGGUGUUAUCUGGAGGCGGUGGAUGGGUGUUAUCGGGGUUGGGUGCGGAAGAUGAGUGCCUUGCAAAAGGGGGGGAGGGAGGGGGAGGAGGUAGCUGGGGCUGGGGUUGGGGUUGGGGUUGGCAUCGACGCCUUCGAUUACUUUCUCUUCCACGCGCCGAACUGCAAGCUCGUGGCCAAGGCGUAUGCGCGGUUGCUGUGGAAUGAUCUGCUGCGCCGCGGGGAGAUUCCGGAGGAGCUGCGGCCAGUCAGUCUGGAUGACGAGAGUACCCUUGCGGAUAAGGGUCUUGAGAAGCAGGUGAUGGCGCUGGCGAGAUCGCGCUUUGAGGAGAGGGUGCAGCCCGGUCUGCUCGUCCCUACCCAGUGCGGGAACAUGUACACCGCCAGUCUGUACUCCGGGCUCGUGGGCUUGCUGGCUUCCGUGCCGAGUGAGCGGCUCCAGGGGAAGAGGAUUGGCUUGUUCAGCUAUGGGAGUGGGCUGGCGAGUACCCUGUUCACGCUGGUGGUGCGCGGGGAUACGAGUGUGAUGGCGCAGAGGCUGGAUCUGCACAGCCGGUUGGCGGCCCGCGUGUCGGCGGCGCCGGAGGUGUGGGAUGAGAUGUGUCGGUUGCGGGAGGCGGCGUUUCAGCGGAGGGAGUAUGGCCCUCGUGGGGAGGUGGGGGAUUUGCUUGCGGGGACGUAUUAUUUGGAGUAUGUGGAUGCGAAGUUGAGGAGGCGGUAUGCGGUAAAGGCUUAG